CUUCUACAGGUUCUCAGAUUAUUCAUCGGCAAGCAACAUUACACAUCUGCCUAGGAUCCCUAUCUACAAAAGUCGUGAGAUUGGACUCGCUGAUUCAUGCCUUGCAACACACUCUGGAGCAGUCACGACAUUAGUCAGGAAGAUCAGCAAUGGAUGUCGUGAGAGAGAGCGGCCAGGCCUAUGUGAAGAGGAAGCUACAUUUGCCAAUUCAGCUUACCCACAGAAUUCCAAACCAUAAACAUGGGCUCAACAUUUCCCAAGUUUGGAUACUAUUGCCACUGUUCCUGUUUACAUGUGCAGAUGCCCAUGGUAAUGGCGAGGUAACAGUGGAAACAUGCAUUGGCGAAAAUGCAUCUUUUGACUGGGAUUAUGAAGUCCAACCAUUCCAUACAGUAGAAUGGUAUUUUGAAAAGACCCACAUGGCAGUGACUCUUGAAGAACAUCUUUCACAGGUCUCCCUCAUAUUCAACAACAACACCUACACAUCCCGUUUUCUGCUGUUAGAGGACGGCAAAGUUGGAUUCAGUCUAAUAAACGUGACCUGGUCUGACGAAGGGGAUUACAAGUGCAUCCUGACCCUGAAACGCACCUCUAUCCCGGUGGAAUUGAAAAAGACGUUAAAUGUUACAGAUUGUAACACACAUAGCACCUCGACCAUUAGAUCAGGUGAAGGAACACCCAAGCCCACACCGGCAGAGGAUGCUAAUACCUUAGCUAUUGUGUUGGGAGUUCUUAUAUCUUGCGUAGUAGCUAUUGGACUACUUGGAGUGUUUGGAUUAUGGAGAUGGAGGAGAAAAGGAGACACAAUAGAGGUCAGAGAGAGAUUCCUCUGAAACAGCAAUACCAAUGUGUGUCUGACAAAAGGAAGAGAAGCUGAACCUGAAGAAAGGAGGCCGAUUAGAUAUUUGAAUGUGUCUGGCACAA